ACCUAACCCUACUUUGCCUCCACCACAGAUCAGUUGUAGAACCUAAAUGGAGGUUAACUGAAAUUAAUAUUAAAUUUUUAAAAAUCUAGCACUAUGAAGGAAAACGAUAAGUCUUCACUGUCUUUGCCUCAAAAGAGGUAUUACAGACAAAGGGCUCACUCCAACCCCAUGGCGGACCACUGCUUUGACUACCCCACUUCUCCCGAGAGAAUGGACUGGUCCAAAUACUACCCGGAGAAAUUCAAACCGAACGAAGAACAUAAUGCGAAAGUUGAAUUUGUUGAUAUUGGUUGUGGAUACGGGGGGCUGUUAAUAACCUUGUCUCCAAUGUAUCCAGAAAGCCUCAUUCUAGGUAUGGAAAUUAGGGUAAAAGUGUCUGACUAUGUAAUGGAUCGAAUAGCAGCUUUAAGGUCUCAGAGCCCCUCGCAAUUCCAAAACAUUGCCUGCCUACGGUCGAAUGCGAUGAAAUAUUUGCCUAAUUUCUUCAAGAAAGGCCAGCUGAAGAAAAUGUUCUUUCUAUAUCCAGACCCGCAUUUUAAAAAGGCCAAGCACAAAUGGAGAAUCAUCAAUAAGAGCCUGUUGGCCGAAUAUGCCUAUGUACUGAUGGAAGGUGGUAUAGUUUACACUGUUACUGAUGUUAAGGAUUUGAAUGAGUGGAUGGUGCAACACUUCACUGAACACCCGCUAUUUGAACCCAUUCAAGGCGAUGAAUUGGACUGGUUUUCUAUAGGCGGCAGAUCCCAUUGUGGAGAAGCUUUACAGUAGCACUGAAGAGGGUCAGAAAGUAACGAGGAACAAUGGAGAUAAGUUUCUGGCCGUUUUCCGGAGAAUAUCUGAUCCUUAUACUUAUAAAUAAACAGAUGUUAAUGGCGA